GCUCUUGUUGUGCGUCGUUCUUUCCCUUUACUAUUCUUGUUGUCAGUACGCCUUGACUUCCCUCAGAUGGUUGGCACUUAUCUUGGUGAAUCCUUCAUCUAUGAGUGCUAUUGAUUGUAAUUUCAGAUUGAUCUUUUUCUGGCCGUUCUUCAAGGCUACCGCGAUGAUCGACAGUUGCGUUUCCACGAUGUCGUCCUUCCGAAAUACCUAGGGUUCCGUCACCUCAAAUCUAUGGUUUUUAUACUCAAGAAGAACCUGCCUUUGUUAUCCUACGUGUGUGUAAUAUUCCUCCUAACACACACCGCUGUGAGUAUCCCCUUCCGAUCAACGCCUCUCGUCUCGUCUGCUAUGGUGGUUUACAUACUAGCCGCCUUUUGUGUGGUAGUUCUCGUCCAUCGCUGUUCGGAACAUUUAUCGCUGUCAGUUUCCGUCAAUGAGGUAGGAAGAAAUUGAUGCUUUGGUGUGCAAAUGUGGGUUUGAGUCUUGACCCCGACUUCCCUCCUUGUUGGUUAUCUGACCCUUUUUGGUACGCGUUGGUCGUUGGAAUCGAACGCGGAUUCAUUUUAGGAGCUAUUCUUUCACUCUGCGUCUCGAGACUUGUUCUUUUUGCGUACUGUUCAUCAGCUCAUCUAAUACAUUGUGCUGUCUGAC